GGCACUCCGCGCUGAUCAGACGAGCACUGAGCGAUCGAUACCGCGGCAAAGCCUGACUACUCGGAGAAGGAGAGGGCCGGAGUGUUCCGACCAAACGGAACAGCUUGUCGCCAGCCUCCGGGGACUCGACACAGCCCAAACUCGAGACAGGCUAGGCUGGCAGAGGGCCCGAUGGCUGAAGACCACCGAGAGCCCCUGGCAGGAGCCGGCGCCCUCCGGGAGACCCUCCGGGCACUCCUGCCCCACACGAAGGAGGAGCUGGUGCCAGAGCUCGGGGAGAAGGUAGAGCGCAGCGUGGUGCGGCUCCUGUGGGAGGCCGCCGAGCUGUUCUGCGGGGGCUGCUGGAGGGAGUGUCUGCAGGCCAGCGAGGCCAUCCUGGACUACUCCUGGGAGAAACUCAACACGGGCCCGUGGCAGGACGUCCACAAGGACUGGCGCCGUGUCUACGCCUUCGGCUGCCUCCUGAAGGCCGUGUGUCUGUUCGAGGAGCCUGGGGAUGCCCCCGCAGUGGCCGCAGCCCUGAAGGCCUGUGACAUGGGCCUGCUGAUGGGGGCGGCCAUCCAUGGGGACAUCCUCAUUAAAGUCGCCGCCGUCCUCCAGGCGCACCUCCCCUCGGGAAAGAGGCCCGGCCCAGGCCCGGCCCAGGAGCAACCCAGCAUGAAGAAAGCGAGGGAAGACCCUGUUUCAGUUCCGGAUGUGGCGUUGGAGAGACCGGUCCCCCGGCUUCGCUGUCCGUCCCUCCAGCAUUUCAGGAAGCAGUUUCUGGUUCCCGGGAGGCCUGUGAUCCUGGAAGGCGUGGCGGACCAGUGGCCGUGCAUGACGAAGUGGAGUUUGGAGUAUAUCCAAGACAUUGCCGGCUGCCGAACUGUCCCGGUGGAAGUCGGUUCCAGGUACACGGACGAGGACUGGUCGCAGACGCUCAUGACGGUCAAUGAGUUCAUCAGCAGAUACAUCAGGAGUGAGUCGAGGGACGUCGGGUACCUCGCGCAGCACCAGCUCUUUGACCAGAUCCCAGAGCUGAAGCAGGACAUCGGCAUCCCGGACUACUGCUGCCUGGGCGACGGGGAGGAGGAAGAGAUCACCAUUAAUGCCUGGUUUGGUCCCCAAGGAACCGUGUCCCCCCUUCAUCAGGACCCUCAGCAGAACUUUCUGGUCCAGGUGCUCGGCAGGAAGUACAUCCGGCUGUAUUCCCCGCAGGAGUCAGAGGCUUUAUAUGCGCACGAGACGCACCUUCUUCAUAACACGAGCCAGGUGGGUGCUCGGGGACCCCGCGUGACGCUGCAGAUUCUCCCACCCAUCCCUGGAGACCAGGCAGGUGACCGCUCGGGUUUUCUUCAGGUUGACGUGGAGAAUCCCGACCUGGAGAAGUUCCCCAAGUUUGCUGAGGCCCCGUUCCUGUCCUGCGUCCUGUCUCCCGGAGAGAUCCUGUUUAUCCCGGUUCAGUACUGGCAUUACGUGCGGGCUCUGGACUUGAGCUUCUCCGUCAGCUUCUGGUGGUCGUAGCCAGGGUGCAAGGGUCCGAGACGCGUCCCCUGCUCCACACCCGGCCUGUGCCGGAGCCUUUGCUGGAGACCAGGCUGGGCGCUGGCCGGACACGGGGCGAGGGUGCAGCAAGGCGCACGCUCCGGGCCAGGUGCGUGCAGCAGAGGCAGGUGGGCCAGACCCCAGGAGGACGUCCCCGGCCGACACCCCGCCUGGAGACCCCGGGCAUCGUGAGGCCUGAGGUGCUGGGGACACGGACCAGCAGUGUGCAUGGCGUUAGGGGUGGGCUCUGAGGUCGGCUGCCUGGAUUCAUACCUGGCCCCUUGGCUUACUUGCUGUGGGAGAGGUGGGAUGGAUACCUCACUGUGUGUGUGUCUCCAUGGGGAAAACAGGGCAGCUCGAGCACCCACCACGGAGAGUUUGAGAGGCAGUGUGCGGACAGAGCCCCGGCAGGUCCACGAGCAUUAGCUGCUGUCUGAUCUUAAUAAUUACUGUGAUUGCCACCGACUUGUUUGUCAUGACUGGCCUGACAGGACAGCCCCAACCCGCAGACUCUGGAGGAGGCGCUGGCCACGGGCGAUGGUCCCUCUCGGCUUGCUCAGCCCAGCCCUGCCGGCAGCGGGAAGUCUGGGGAGGUUUCUGUUGUCAUUAUGCACGCACGGCCUGACAGGCGGCCAUGGCCAUCUCCUAGGCUGCAUUUUCAACUGUGCCCCCUCCCAGCAGCCAGUCCCCGCACCAUGAAACCACCCUCAGCGGUGCCCAGAAGCCCCCUCCUGCCCCUCGGUCUCAUUCAUUCCCCCCUUGCAGAGAGAGCCGUCCGCCCAGGGGAGCAGGUGGCCCUGCACGUCAGCUCCAUGUCCCCGCA